AUUCACCUUCUAGUAUAGAGCCGUGUGUAGCCCCGCCCCUUCCGCUAUGCCAGGCAUCUCGCUGAGCGUGUGAGGAGUGCAGUGACCCGCUGGCCGGGGGAGAACCUUUUCUGCGCGGCUUUAAUCCUCGGAGAGCCGACCUACUCUCCACCUCAGACGCCAUGUCCAAGGAGAGGUUUCCAGCCGCGCCUAAAAGGAGCUCUGAGAAGACCGCCAGGGGCGCCCCGGGUUUAAAUGAAAUGCCCACAACAAAUGUAAGCAAGACUCCGAUCCAGCUGCUACAUGAAUUUGGAACAAAGAAGAACAACCCCCCCGUCUACACCUUGGAGAAAGCUGAAGGACAGGCCCAUAAUCCCAGUUUCACUUUUCGUGUUGCUAUUGGUGAAAUAUCUUGCUUAGGGGAUGGGCCUAGCAAGAAGAUUGCAAAACAUAAAGCUGCAGAAUCAGCCUUGAACAUAUUAAGAGGCGAUGCCACUCUAAAUUUGCCUAUGACAGAACCCAUUACACGAGAUGUAGCCAAACAAACAGCUAAUCAGACUCAAGAAAAUCCUAUUGGCACACUUCAGGAGCUUGCUGUACAAAAAGGAUGGAGACUGCCUGAGUAUUUUGUAUCGCAGGAAGGAGGACCAGCUCAUAAGAGGGAGUUCACAUUGUCCUGCCAAGUGGAAACUUUUGUAGAAACUGGAUCGGGUACAUCAAAGAAAGUGGCAAAGAGGAUAGCAGCAGAGAAGUUACUUGCUAAGCUACAAAGCAUUCCCCCUGAUCUUAAUAUCUCCUUGAAAAAGGGGAUUGCAAAUAACCCGGCUUGUACCUGGGACAACCUAAAGAAUUCUUCUGGAGAGAAAAUAAACAUGCUAAAAAGAAGCCCACUAAGUAUUCCCAACACUGAUUAUGUGACGAUGUUGAAGGAAGUGGCAGAAGAGCAAGAUAUCCGUGUAUCUUACUUGGAUAUUGAGGAACUUAGUGUCAAUGGACAGUUCCAAUGUCUUGCUGAGCUCUCCACCAUUCCGGUCACUGUAUGCCAUGGAACAGGCCUUUCUUGUGGCAACGCUCACAAUGAUGCUGCUCACAAUGCAUUACAAUAUCUUAAAAUCAUGGCAGGAAGAAAAUGAAAGAAAGGAGACUAAUCUGGUCACAUCUCUUACCUCCUAUAUUAAAUUUAAACAAAACAUGACUGUACCAAAAGUGAAAGGUACCUUUGUGAUCAUGGUAUGUUAGUCUGUGGAUAAAUGAAUCCCAGGUCUUAAAUGUCAUAUUUUGCUUUUCAGUUCUGGAAACCCAAAUGGGGUAUGAAUUCUGACUUUGUUUUAAACAUUGACAAAAAUUGCGUAUUGUUUUUUGUUUUUUUUCAUGAGAACAUUAUUGGUU